AACUUCUCUCUCAGCAUUUAGUUUAUUUACACUUUGAAGAAAGUGCAUGUUCAAAUAAAAGAAAAGAUUACUGCUUAAGUCUUGUUUUUCUAGCUGCAUAAAUUAGUAAUGUUUUAAAUUUAUUCGACAGUUAAAAGCAUGGAUAACAUAAAAACUGAUGUAAAUUUGUGAUUUUAUAGUUAUUUAUCUCUGAACUUAUUUUGUACUUAUGGAAAACGUAAACAAGCAAAGAGAUAUUAAUCUUUCAAAAUCGCUAUCAUGGUUAUUAAGGCAUGGUGCCGAAUCUCAAGGUUUGAUUUUGGAUGAGGGUGGUUUCAUUGAUGUUCAAAAGAUAUUAAAUCUAAAACAGUUCAAAAAUUUCACUGUAGACGAUAUCAAAAGAGUCGUCGUACAAAACGAUAAGAAAAGGUUUACUUUACGCUGCAAAGAAAAUGAAAAUUGUUUACAGAUAAGAGCUAAUCAAGGGCAUACCUUGAAAGUUGAUGACGAUGCGCUGUUAAAUUUACUUACUGAAGAAAACGUGCCUCAUGUUGUUUAUCAUGGUACUUAUCUGUCAAAACUGAAAAACAUCAAACAGAAAGGUUUAAGUCGAAUGAAACGGAAUCACAUUCAUUUUAUAUCAAAAUUUCCUGGUGAGGGUUCAGUCAUCAGUGGAAUGCGUUCAAAUUGUGAAGUUGUUAUAUGCAUUGACACACUCAGGGCUAUGAAAGAUGGUUUUAAGUUUUAUAAAUCUGAUAAUGAAGUAAUAUUAUGUCCAGGUGAUAAUAAUGGCUUAAUACCACUAAACUAUUUUAAGGAAAUAUGGCAACUAUCACCAUUGCAAAGACUUGAUUGAUAUAAACAUUUUGUGAUAGAUUUUAAUGGAUUGUUGAAAUUUUAUUAAUGUAAUUAUAUGUUGUUUAUAAAAUUGUUGAAUUUAUGUUAUAUUCCUUUAUUUCAUUGUUAAAUAUAGUAUAAAUAAAGUAACAUAAAAAAAAACGAAAUUUUGUAAAAAUUUAAGUUUAUAUUUUUAAAAAAAUGUGCAAAAUCAUUCUGAUGAAUGGUGGAAUGUUUCCUGUUUAUCAUUAAGUUAUCUCAUUCUGUAACUGAAAUAUUUUGCAGUUUGAGAAUGUUUUAGUUUAACUAACAGAUUUUUAUUACAAGUUUUAUUUAUGAAAAAUAUUUACAUUUCAGAAGAAGCAAGAUGACAAACUAUUUUUCUUUAUAUUUUGGGGGUUUUUUAGACAGUGCCAUUAGUACUAUUUAAAUUUUUUUAUGUAAGGAAAUAUGUAAAAAUAUGCACCAUAGAUGGGUAACAAAAGAAAAUGAAUAUAUGUGUUUGCUGCAAACUAUAAGUAAAUUUUAUUCAUGGUAUAAUACUUUUCUGUAACCUCUAAUUGUCAUCAUUGAUUUUAUUUAAAGCAAAUAGCAUUGAAGUUAAGUAUUGUUUGCCCUCCUAUAAUAUUUGAUUUUAGAAAGUUUUUUUAAUUAACUAUUGUUUUGUCAAUGAAGCAUCCCUUAUAACUAGCACCAGGAAAUCCAUACCCCUUCCUCUCUCUUCAUUUGUUGUUCCACUGUCUAUAUAAAAGAUACCUCUUACCCAUUAUAGAGUUUCACCAUGUGGUGCUGAUCUGUGAUAUGUAGUGAUCCUGAAAAAUAAAAUGCAAAUUUCUCACUGGUAUUCGGUGUACAGUUUUAUUCCUUACAGAUUCCCCAAAGUGUAUUUUAUCUGAAUCCUGUAUAUUAAAAGAAUUAUAUAUUUUUUAAUUGGGCCUCUGAGUGUUGAAUCCAGUCCUGAAACAAAGUAUGAGCAUACAGGCAUUUUUUCCGUACAUUGGCCUGUGGACACUCUCCAUGGAUCUGGAGAAUGUCAUUAUGGCCACAUAUUCAAAA